AUGUGGUUCAUUAAGGAUGGUGCUGGAAUUGCUUGUGUCGUUUUAACUUAUCUUAUCAUGACUGGCGUCAGUUCUUUGGUGAUCAAGGUGGCGAUUUUACAAUUAGAUGAAGAAGAGUAUAUAAAUGGACCAAUUUGUGGGUGCAGGUCCAAAUGAUAUUGCCUUAUUGAUAGUGUCCAUUUUACCGAAGUAUUUUUGGCUGAAAAUUGGUUCAACCUAGAUAGUGAGACAUUUGGCGAAAAAAAAGCCGUCAAUUUUCGGCCAUGUCGCACUAUUAAAAUUUUCGACCAAAUGUAUUUCCAUGAAAUUUACACUGUCAAAAAAUCCACUGCCAUUUGACAUGGAGCCCCAAUUUGUAUAUGUUUUUACUACUUUUUCUUAUUUUUGGCUGGAUUCAGCCAUCUUAAAGCAAUGCUGACAGACCCAGGCUCAGUUCCACUGAACUCAGCUGAGCUACCAAAAGUCAAUGAGUAUAAAGACGGGAAACCUAAGUUUUACUGCCUGAGAUGUCGAUGUAAUAAGCCAAGCCGGUGCCAUCACUGCUCAACUUGUGGGAGAUGCAUUAUGAAAAUGGAUCAUCACUGCCCAUGGGUGAAUAACUGUGUAGGGCAUUACAAUCAAAAGCACUUUGUUCUAUUUUUGCUUUAUAUUGAGCUCAGCUGUAUUUAUUCUUUUAUUAUGCUCGGAAUGAGGGCUUCCUAUUGCUUUUCACAUGAGAAGGCUGAAUUGUGCUUGAGACCGAGACAAGAAGUGUCGUUUGACUUGUUUAUUGGAGUCUUAUCGUUUUUUAUGGCAGGGAUUUUUGGGUUAUUUGUAGGAGUUAUGAUGCAGGACCAGUUAACUUGUAUUAUAAAUAAUACGUCAGGAAUUGAUGAACUGAAGAAAACACUUGUGGAGAAAAGGCCAGUUAAAGUGAAUUUAGAAGAGACAUUUGGAGGGCCGUUUGGGAUUCUUUGGUUUAUACCUACAAGUUUGAAGCGACAAUCAAAUGAUAUGGUUGAAAUAGAGCUCACAUAA